CGCAUACACUGUCGUGCUCGUAUUAUUUUACCUUGUGCUCUUUAACACAUGUCGAAACUUCACCCACUGCCUGCAGCCUACAUCUCCCGGGUCAACGCGCACACGGGCAUGUACCAGCGGUUGUCGGAGGCUCUGGCGGCGUAUGAGGCGGGCCUCAGGGCGCUCAGCAACCGCACCGCACCCGAGUUGCGGCCCUGGCAAAUGGGUGGCUGGUGUCGCGAGAGUGUGUUGGUGGCACAGCGCCUCAAACAGGACAUGGAGCAGGCUGGCAUACACCUGCCUGCUGCUCAACGGGCGCGGGUGGCGGAGCUGGCGGCGGCCAAUGGGCAUUUCGCCGCGGCCUUCAACGCGGCCCUGACGGACUCGCGGAAGGUGGGGCGGGCGCCCACAGGCAUGGGCCGCUUUGUGCCUCUUGACCCCUUCAGUGUUGCGGGCGUCAUGGCAGGAGAGCCGAACGAGAGCGUGCGCAAGGCGGUGUACGCCGCUGCGGGCCGCAGUCCGGCCUGCAACCGGGAGCUGCUGGACCGCAUGGUGGCGGUGCGCGCCGAGAUGGCGCAGCUGCAGGGCUACCCCAGCUACGCCGCACUGCGCACGCGGGGCAACAGCCUGGCCGGCACGCCCGCGGCAGUGGUGGGCUUCCUCACCGGGCUGGCGGCGGACGUGCGGCCCCUGGCUGAGCAAGAGCUGCAGGCUCUGGCUCAGCUCAAGGCGUUUGACAGCCGCAACAUUGCCACCUCCCCCCCCUCCGCCCCCGUCUCCCUGGCGGCCUGGGAUGUUGAGUACUACGCCUCCCGUGCGCGCCAGGCGCUGGUUACGUCGCCUCCCGGGGCCCUGCUGCGCUACACCGCCCUGCCCUCGGUGCUGGCGGGUGUGCGCACACUGCUGCGAGCCGUGUUCCGCAUUGAGCUGGUGCUGGGCCCCGCGGCGGCCGGUGAGGGCUGGGCUGCUGGAGUGCUGCGGGCCGAGGCGCACCACCCCGACCUGGGGCCCCUGGGCACUGUGUACCUGGACCUGGGCGAGCGUUCCGGCAAGUACCCCAGCGCCGUGACGUUUCCCAUCACCUGCGGUCGCCAGCUGCCCGGAGGCGACGUGGAGGCGGCCCUGGCAUCCAACGCCCGCAGGCGGGGAGGCACCGGUGGUGGUGGCGGGCAGCGGCAGCUACCUGUGAUGGCGCUGCUGGCGUCCGCCACGGGCCGCUGCCCCAGCACCGGGGUGCCCGCGCUGACGUACCGGGAGCUGCGAGUGUUGCUGCACGAGUUGGGUCACUGCGUCCACAACCUGCUCAGCCGCACCAAGUACCAGCACCUGUGGGGAACGAGGUGCGCUCAGGACCUGGUGGAGGUGCCCUCCCACCUGUUCGAGUACUGGGCCACGGACCCGCUCACAAUGGGGCUGAUGGCGAGGGACAGGUCCAACGACAGCUCCGCUGCGGCGGGGGCAGGCGGCGGGGGCGAGCCCCUGCCGCCAGCACUGCUCAAGGAGCUGAUUGCGGGCCGGGCCGCCACCGCCGCGCUAGAGUUGCAGCAGCAGCUGGUGCUGUCACUGGCCGACCAGUGGUUGUUCGGGGAGAACCCUCCCGCACCCACAGCUGCUGCCGGCGCCGGCUCGGCAUCCUCGUGGAACAGCAGUGACGUGUGGCGCAAGGCCGUGGAGAUGGCCAGCAGUGUGCCCUACGUGCCCGGCACCUCGCCCGAGCUGCGCGUGGGCCAUCUCACCAUCUACGGCGGGUCGUACUACGGAUACGUGUAUGCACGGUGUCUGGCAGCUCAGCUGUGGCGAGCCAGUGGCCUGGCGGAGGCGCCGCUGGACCCCGGGGCCGGCGAGCUGCUCCGUGAGCGGCUGCUGGCUCCGGGCGGGGCGCUGGAGCCGCUGGAGCUGUUGACGGGCUUUGCGGAGGCAGCGGAGGCGGGCGAGGGCGCGGGCUCGCCAGUGGGCAGUUCCGCAACCCGGCAGGCCCGGGGGCGGCAGGUGCGCCUGGCCCUGCAGCGGCAGCGGGGCCAGCAGCAACAGCAGCAGCAGGGUGGCGGUGGCGGUGCGCAUGAGGCGAUGCCGGGCGGGGGUCUGUUGCAGUACCUGGAGGGAGGCUACGCGCCGCGGUCGGACUACUACCUAGAAACACUCAAGACCGGCAUUGCGGCCUAGUCAUGUGGAGCGCAGGGUUUGCAAGGUCUGGGGUCUGUACAGUUGCACCCACUGCGGUUCUUCUACCGUAUCACUUGCUGAGUAGUGUGUAUUUCGGGAUGUACCACCUUCCAGGCAACAAACAAGGGCUGUCCAUUCAUGUGCUUCGCACGCGACGUCUAUGAGCAGGAGAAGUUACGGCAGGCUAGCAGGGCUAUGAGUUUGUUGGCACGUCAUGGCUUCAGCUGGCGAAGUGCUGGCCAGCUGGCCAGGGGAGGCCCAUGGGAAACCCGAGUCUGCUGCCAUGCUGCCAUGGGGAAAGGGUUUGCAACGCCUUCGGCACAAGGAUUCCAGUGUAUGCAUGUAAAGGACUUGCAGUGCGUUCGCUGCCUGAAGACUAUUCUUUUAAGGCUUACUUAACUGCGGAUAGUGUACCUUCAUGACCUGCAACUGAAGUCCAAGCGACUCAACAGUGCUGCAACACAGCUGGUGCUGAUGAUGACGGCUGCGUUAUGAUGAAGAUAACUCUUCCAUAGAUAGCUAAGGCCGGAUAAGGCCGGCGAGUCAUUACGAUGCAACACUUGGAAUCUCAGUCGCAUUAAUUGAACCUUCUUUUCGCGUCAAUGCUCCGAAGUCCUGUCAGGAUUCCUGGAUGGGUUUGCGCAUCGCAGUCGCGGGGAUGGCGGCUCAACGGCUGUGCUGGAGCUGCUACUUUGGGGGGAGCGGCUGUGGACAGCGGCGCCAGUCCUCGACCCGUUCCCCGCGGCCGGCGGUCUGAGCGCCGUCAAAAGAUCGAGGCGGAAGGGGACCUGGGGCAACAGAAGUGUCAGGGGCUCAGCCAACUGACCACGGAUGUGAGCAUGGGUGACAGCGGCCCCAGUCCACACGCCAUGCCGCCUGAAUCGCAGCAGGGCAGCGCCGGGGUCGCCGAUGCGCCGACUGGCCAGCCUCGCGCUAGACGUA